CGCCGCCGCCGUGCAGGACACUGAAGACAAUAAAAGUUUGAUUAAAAAGAGAAAAUGCCCAGAAAGAAUAUCGACUAUGGAGUGCUGCCUGAGUAUGAGAAAAGCCAGAUCAAAAGGACCUUGGAACUGGGGACUGUUAUGACAAUAUUCAGUCUAAAGAAGAGCAGCCCUGAAAGGAGGACUAUUCAAGUCAUAAUGGAAACCAGGCAGGUAGCAUGGAGCAAGACAGCUGACAAGAUUGAAGGUUUCUUGGAUCUGAUGGAAAUAAAAGAAAUUCGCCCAGGAAAGAAUUCAAAGGACUUUGAACGUUGCAAAGCAAGGCACAGAGAAGAACACUGCUUUACUGUUUUUUAUGGUACCCAGUUUGUCCUCAACACCUUAAGUUUAGCAGCUGACUCUAAGGAUGAUACUGAUAAAUGGUUGUGUGGCUUGAAUAUCUUGUAUCAAGAAGUCAUGAGUGCUCCCACACCUGCGAUCACAGAGAGCUGGCUGAGAAAGCAGAUCUAUUCUGUUGAUCAAACUAGAAAAAACAGUAUCAGUCUUAGAGAGCUGAAAACUGUACUUCCCCAAGCAAACUUCAAAGUGAGCAGCAUGAAGUACUUGAAGGAUAAAUUUGCGGAAAUAGGUGCUCACAAGGAAGAGCUUACUUUUGAACAAUUUCAUUUGUUCUACAAGAAAAUCAUGUUUGAGCAACAGAAAUUGAUUCUUGAUGAAUUCAAAAAGGAUUCCUCUGUUUUCAUCCUUGGAAAUACUGACCGACCAGAUGCUUCAGCAGUUCACCUCCAUGACUUCCAGAGAUUCCUGCUACAUGAGCAGCAGGAAUCUUGGGCACAGGAUCUCAGUAAAGUCCGAGAACGAAUGACAAAGUUUAUUGAUGACACUAUGAGAGAAACUGCUGAACCUUUCCUCUUUGUUGAUGAGUUCCUCGCUUACCUAUUUGCAAAAGAAAAUAGUAUUUGGGAUGAGAAAUAUGAUUCAAUAGAUGUGCAGGACAUGAAUAAUCCUUUGUCCCAUUACUGGAUUUCUUCCUCUCAUAACACGUAAGUUGUUAACACAAAAAGUCGUUUAAGGAGCUGCCUGGUCUCUUACUUUUUCCACUGCUUGUGUUUCCUAGUGGAUUGCUGGGAUGGUCCUGAUGGAAAACCCAUCAUUUACCAUGGAUGGACACGGACAACAAAGAUCAAAUUUGAUGAUGUAGUGCAGGCAAUCAAAGACCAUGCCUUUGUCACAUCUGAAUACCCAGUCAUUCUGUCAAUUGAAGAGCACUGCAGUGUGGAGCAGCAGCGACACAUGGCCAAAGUGUUCAAGGAGGUGUUUGGGGAUCAGCUUUUGAUGAAGCCUGUUGAAGCCAGUGCAGAUCAGCUCCCAUCACCAACUCAGCUGAAAGAAAAAAUUAUCAUCAAGCACAAAAAACUGGGGCCAAAGGGAGACAUUGAUGUGAACUUGGAAGAAAAGAAAGAAGAAAAGAAGCAACAAGGAGAACUUUACAUGUGGGAUGCAAUAGAACAGAAAUGGACUCGGCACUACUGCGCUAUUGCUGAUGAAAAGCUUUCAUUCAGUGAUGAUAUAGAACAAAGUGCUGAUGAAGAUUCAUCAAAGGAGGUGAAACGAACUGAACUGCACUUAAAAGAGAAAUGGUUCCAUGGGAAAAUGAAAGGAGGAAGAACAACUGCUGAGAAACUGCUCCAGGAAUACUGUGCUGAAAUGGGUGGCAAGGAUGGGACUUUCCUGGUUAGGGAAAGUGAAGCUUUCCCUGAUGAUUACACCUUGUCGUUCUGGAGGUCAGGCAGAGUCCAGCACUGCCGGAUCCGUUCCACCAGUGAUGGGGACGCUGUGAAAUAUUACCUGACAGACAACCUCACCUUUGACAGCAUCUAUGAUCUCAUCCAACACUACAAGGAGGCUCACCUGCGAUGUGCUGAGUUCGAGCUGCGCCUCACUGAUGCUGUGCCCAACCCCAGCCCUCACGAGACCAAAGACUGGUACUAUAACAACUUGAGUCGGGGUGAGGCAGAAGACAUGCUCAUGCGAAUUCCUCGGGAUGGAGCCUUUCUCAUUAGGAAGAGAGAUGAACCUGAUUCCUUUGCCAUGACUUUCAGAGCGGAGGGGAAGGUGAAGCACUUCCGAAUCCAGCAGGAGGGGCGGCACUUCGUGCUGGGAACCUCGGCCUACUUUGAGAGCUUGGUGGAGCUGGUCACCUACUACGAGAAGCACCCGCUGUACAGGAAGAUGAAACUGCGCUACCCUGUGACAGAGGAGCUGCUGGAGCGCUACAGCACGGAAAAAGAUAUUAAUUCCCUCUAUGAAGUCAAGAUGUAUGUGGAGCCCAGUGAAAUCACCCCCACAGUGCCUCAGAGAACAGUGAAAGCCUUGUAUGACUACAAAGCCAAAAGGAGUGAUGAAUUGAGCUUCUCUCGAGGAGCUUUAAUUCAUAAUGUCACAAAGGAAACUGGAGGCUGGUGGAAGGGCGAUUAUGGAGAGAAAGUCCAACAUUAUUUUCCAUCUAAUUAUGUUGAAGAUCUGUCAUCUGAUAACUCUGCUGAGCUUGAAAAUCAGAUCAUUGAGGACAACCCACUGGGCUCUCUGUGUCGUGGCAUCCUGGUGCUCAAUACGUACAACGUUGUGAAAAUGCCACAAGGAAAACACAAAAAGCCUUUUGUCUUCAUUCUGGAACCUAAGAAUCCAGAAGAUCCGUGUGUUGAGUUUGCAACUGAUAAAGUAGAAGAACUCUUUGAAUGGUACCAAAGUAUCCGUGAGAUCACUUGGAAAACAGCAGAAGAGGAGACCAGGAGGAAAUACUGGGAAAAGAAUCAGUUAAUUGCUAUUGAAUUAUCUGAUCUAGUAAUCUACUGCAAGCCAACAAGCAAAACCAAGGACAAUUUAGACAAUCCUGAUUUCAGAGAAAUCCGUUCUUUUGUGGAAAACAAGGCAGAGAGCAUUGUUAAGCAAAAGCCACUGGAGUUGUUGAAGUACAACCUGAAGGGCCUGACCCGUGUCUAUCCCAAAGGACAGAGGGUUGACUCAUCCAACUAUGACCCAUUUCGCCUCUGGCUUUGUGGCUCCCAGAUGGUGGCUCUGAACUUCCAAACUCCAGAUAAAUACAUGCAAUUGAACCAUGCCUUGUUUUCCCUGAAUGGACGCACUGGCUACGUGCUGCAGCCAGAGAGCAUGAGAAAUGAGGAGUAUGACCCAAUGCCAAAUGACUCCAAGAGGAAAUUGCAGAUGAUUAUGACAGUGAGGGUUUUAGGUGCUCGACAUCUCCCUAAACUUGGUAGAAGCAUCACCUGUCCCUUUGUAGAGGUUGAAAUUUGUGGGACUGAAUAUGAUAACAACAAAUUCAAGACAACAGUUGUGAAUGACAAUGGCCUUAAUCCAAUUUGGGCACCUAAUGCAGAGCAAGUGAAAUUUGAAAUUUACGACCCAAAUCUGGCAUUCCUGCGCUUUGUUGUUUAUGAGGAGGAUAUAUUCAGUGAUCCCAACUUCUUAGCACAUGCCACUUUUCCCAUCAAAGGAAUCAAAUCAGGUUUUAGGUCAAUUCCUCUCAAGAAUGGCUACAGUGAAGAUAUAGAGCUGGCCUCGCUUCUGGUGCACUGUGAGAUGCAACAAGUUCUGGAAAGUGAAGAAGAGCUUUAUUCCUCGUGUCGGCAACUUCGCAAGCGCCAGGAGGAGCUGAAUACCCAGCUGUUCCUCUAUGACUCCCACAUGAACCUAAGGAAUCCCAACAGGGAUGCUAUACUGAAAGAAUUCAAUGUCAAUGAGCACAAACUACAGAUUUAUCAAGAGACUUGCAACCGCAGAUUAAAGGAGAAGAAAGUCAGUAACAGCAAAUUCUACUCUUAGAGCCCAUCAUUCUUUGAUGUGUGCUUUAUGGUGCAAUUCAGGAAGAGAUGGAUUUAUCCUGGUCAUCCUACUCAGUGAUGGUCUCAUCAGAUGGAAUGACUGGACGAAGAGAAGGAAGAGGAAAUAUGGAUUCCCUUUAUAAUUUCUUCUUUUAAGAAAAACUGUUUUAAUACCUGAUAAUUUAUAUUCUGUACAAAGCAUACCCUCUGUGCAGGCCAGAACUUCUGUGUAUUCAAGAUGUUUAAAACUUGAGGAUGUGUGAGUUGCAUGGACCUCACUUCUCAUUAUCAAUACCUGAAGUACAAAUCAUGUGUGUACACGGGCUGUAGAUAACACAAAAAUUUGUAUGCAUGGAAUCACACCACUUGAACAACCUGGCUCCUCAAGAUUAACCAGUAGUGAAUUUUUAAUUUAUUAAAUGCUGUAAAAGCACUUCUACACCAGCAUUGUCAAGUCAUGUAUGUUACAGUCUUGGAGACAGCAGAUUGUGCUGCUGAUGCUGUAUAAAAUAUUUUGGGCAGCUAUUGUCUCUUAUUAAAAAUUUUCUGUUACAUUUUUAAGAGCAAGAUAAUAUGUUAAUUUUGUUGAAAGCAAAUACCCUCUGUGACUGUAGUUGUGUUUUUCCUGUUGAACUCUCUUUAAAGGUUUAAGAAAGGAGCAAUGUGUGAACCUCUAUUCAUAACCCUUGUGAACUUCUGUUCACAGCCUCGAGGCACUGGAAGGAAAAGUUUUAAGAUAUGCAGUAGGAGAUAUCUGUUUGUUUGUAGAAAGGGAAGGUAUUUAAAAUUCUGAGAAGCACUUACUCUUGUACAGUAUCAUUUCUGCAAAUCCUUUCAGCUGCUAAUGUGCUUAGAAAUGAAUUUUUAAAUGAACUGUCAAUUUUUAAUCUUGCAAUCCUACAUAGACGAUAGUCAAAUGAUGGUGUUCUGUGAAUGUAGACCAUUUUCCCAAAACGUAACUAAUCCAAGAAUGAUAGUGUGCACAAAUAUAGAGGUGCAUCCUUUUGGUGCCUUUAAUCAAAUCAAGAACAUGAAGCUGCAGAUGAGAAUACUUGUUAGAUUAGCAAGUGUAUUUUCCUGCCAGAGCAGAACUAAAGGCCUUUGAUGGAAUAUUUAACAGCAGUUGUCACAAUUUGUGUAUGUGUUGGUCCUUUGUGCUAGUGCUGUAUUGUUACCAUCAAAUUCCUGGUUGUCUUAGCUCUACAUGGGAUGAGGUUUGCUAUCUAUAUUCCCAAUUUUAACAUUCAAAUGUGUGCAGAGGAGUUUCGUUUUUGGAGUGACUGCCUGAGGCACAAAAUGCUGCUUCCACAGAGCUGUACUUCUGAUCACAGAGGACUUGCAGGAUUUGGGAUUCAUGGCCUGAUGCAGCUGCCUCAGCAAUUUUCAAUUUCUCUUGCUCCCCAUGCUGCAACUUCUGUUGUUUCAAGAGGUGCUUAAUUGAUGCCAUUGUGCAUUCACAGAUGAUGGUUUGAGGAACCCCCUUGAGGUUUUAGCUAUUCUGUAAAGACAGUCUUGUCUCAGAGAUGAAAGUGUUAUAAUUGUGUAUCCCACAAUGGGGUGGCUUCUGUAAAUUUUUUAUUAUAAAGAAAUUAAUUACUAAUCACCCAACUAAAAAACAGAGAAAAGUUAAAGGCAAUUCUCUGCUUUUCAUCCUCCUUCCUGAAAUCUCUUCAGUACCCAGCUGUGAUUGACCUGUUCAAGAUGGGUGUAAAUCCUGCUCAAACAAA